UAGACCACGCCCCCCUCGGAGGCCACCUCCAGGGCCCUCAGAGGACACAGGCACCAGGUGUCUCCAAGGAGUAGCCGCGGACCUGGCAGAUCUAGGACCUUGUCCUCUGAUCUGGCUUCUCAAGCAUUCUGCGCUGUCUGAGCUCCAGGGAAGAGGCCACCUGCAGAGGACAGAGGAAGUGGGCCCUCCUUCUUCCGAGGACCAGGACUCCAUCUUCCAGAGGCAGCAUGUCAGAGGGGGCGGGCUCCUUCCGCGUGGUCCCUGAGGAGGAACGGGAGCUCCGCGCCCAGCUGGAGCGGCUCACGACGAAGGACCACGGGCCUGUCUUUGGCCGCUGCAGUGAGCUGCCCCCCCACACUUUGCAGAAGGCCAAGGACGAGCUGAACGAGAGGGAGGAGACUCGGGAGGAGGUGGUACGGCAGCUGCAGGAGCUGGUGCGGGUGCAGGCGGCAUCUGGGCAGGAGCUGGCCCGCGCUGUGGCCGAGAAGGCGCAGGGGAGGGACAGCGCUUUCUUUCUGCGCUUCAUCCGCGCGCGGAAGUUCAACGUGGGGCGCGCCUAUGAGCUGCUCAGAGGCUACGUGCAUUUCCGGCUGCAGCACCCCGAGCUCUUCGACAGCCUGUCUCUGGAGGCGGUCCGCUGCACCAUCGAGGCCGGCUACCCUGGUGUCCUCUCCAGUCGCGACAAGUAUGGCCGAGUGGUCAUGCUCUUCAACAUCGAGAACUGGGACUAUGGAGAAAUCACCUUUGACGAGAUCUUGCAGGCAUAUUGUUUCAUCCUGGAGAAGCUACUGGAGAACGAGGAAACCCAAAUUAACGGCUUCUGCAUCGUUGAGAACUUCAAGGGCUUCACCAUGCAGCAGGCCGCUGGGCUUCGGGCUGUGGAUCUCAGGAAGAUGGUGGACAUGCUCCAGGAUUCCUUCCCAGCCCGGUUCAAAGCCAUCCACUUCAUCCACCAGCCGUGGUACUUCACCACGACCUACAACGUGGUGAGGCCCUUCCUGAAGAGCAAGCUGCUCCAGAGGGUCUUUGUCCAUGGAGAUGACCUCUCCGGCUUCUUCCAGGAGAUCGACAAGGACAUCCUGCCCACCGACUUUGGGGGCACACUGCCCAAGUAUGACGGCAAGGUUGUUGCUGAGCAGCUCUUUGGCCCCCGGGCCCAAGCCCAGACCACUGCCUUCUGAGGGCAGCUCUGGCCAGCCGGCCCCGUAGUUGGCAUCCCUGGGCCUCUCCUCAGUGUCCUGCACCCAGAAGGCUGGGAAAAGGGCUGCCUGUGGGUCCCCUGGCCCUCCCUAAGCUUGGGUGACCUCAGGUGUCACCCUCCUCCUAGUUCGGGGCAAUAAAGCAGAGGGAAU